AUGGCAAAGAACGGCAUACUGGGCAUAGCAGGCCUCAUCCUGAUGGCCGCAUCCCUGCUAUUCCUAUGGUUCAUCGUCCUUAGCGGCCUCACGUCGCACACCACCCCCUUUAGCGAUACCUACUUCCUCCGCGCCGACACGAGCGGCAUCACCGGCGCCCGCGACACCACGCAGUGGACGUACCUCUACUUCUGCGGCGAGGGCAACAAGGACUGCAGCAAGGCCCGCCCCGCCCCGGCCUUCGGCAAGGCCUGGUCCUCCAACGCCGACUCCGCCCCGGCAUCCCUGAUCGGCUCGCACGGAGGCGACACCACCUCCUCGCGCUUCUUCUACCUCUGGCGCUUCGGCUGGGUCAUCAUCCUCAUCACGCUCUUCUUCGAGACCCUGGCCUUCUUCUCCGCCUUCCUCGCUUGCUGCGGCCGGCUAGGCGCUGCCAUCUCCGGUUCCGGCUCUGCUGUCGCUCUCUUCUUUCACUCUGUCGGGAGUGCUCUCACGACUGCCACCUUUGUCCUCGCCCGCGACGCCUUCCACUCCGACAACCGCGGCGCCUCACUCGGCAGAUACGCAUUCGGCUUCCUCUGGGCUUCCUGGGUCGGCCUCUUCGUCGCCACCCUCCUCUUCUGCAUGGGCGUCCGCAAGGACCGUGGCCCUUCGCCGUCCACCCAGCGCAGACGCAGCGUUCGCAGUACCUCUUAUAAUGGUCGUCGCGUAAAGGAGGAGUAUGCUUAA